CAUCUUCCAUAUCUCUCUCUCUCUCUCUCUCUCUCUCUCUCUCUCUCUCUCUCUCUCUCUCUCUCUCUCUCUCUCAGAGAGGAUCUUGCUAUUUGGACGGCGGAGAUUCACUGACUGGAUAAUUCCAUGAGGCCCGACUACUUCGUUAGCUCGCCUGCUCCUUUUCGGACGAGACCUGUAGAGGAGAAGAGAGACCUUGAAUUGGAAGGGGAGAGCCUCAUUAGUUCAUCAUCACCGUCAUCAUCAACUGUAAGAAAGAUGCGCACUUAUGAGACAUCUCAUGGUGGGUCACUAGGUAAUGUGGCCCAUGUGUGGAUGCCUAUAAGGGCUAUUAAUAGACUAUUCAUGAAUGUUUAUAUCGUCCUAAUCAAAGCAAAGAUCAAUGUGCUACUACCUUUUGGUCCUUUAGCAGUGUUGCUCCAUUAUCUUACCAAAAACCAAGGAUGGGUUUUCUUCUUCAGCUUGUUAGGCAUAACACCUUUGGCUGAACGUUUAGGCUAUGCAACAGAACAACUAGCCUAUUACACUGGACCUAUAGGCGGGGGUCUUCUUAAUGCCACAUUUGGAAAUGUGACGGAGAUGAUAAUUUCAAUCUAUGCUUUAAAGGAUGGAAUGAUCCGUGUUGUUCAACAAUCACUACUUGGAUCUAUCUUAUCAAAUUUAUUGUUAGUGCUUGGGUGUGCUUUCUUCACGGGUGGGAUUGUCCAUUAUCAGAAAGAUCAAGUCUUCAACAAGGCAGCUGUUGUGGUGAACUCUGGAUUACUAAUGAUGACAGUCAUGAGUAUAACAUUUCCAGCUGUACUUUACUUCACGAAUUCAGAGGUCCUACUUGGAAAGUCAGAGUUAGCUCUUUCGAGGUUUAUCAGUUGCAUUAUGCUUGUUACUUAUGCUACUUAUCUUGUUUUUCAAUUCAAGAGUCAUCAGAAUCUUCAUAAUCCUAUCAACCAGGAAGUGGCUCAAAAUGAAGAAGUCUCUGACGAAGAAGGUAUGCCUGAGAUAACUUGGUGGGAAGCAGUCUGUUGGCUUGCUUUUUUCACAUUAUGGAUUUCUAUUCUCUCUGAGUAUCUUGUCAAUACCAUACAAGGAGCAUCUGAGUCAUUGAACAUUUCAGUAUCUUUUAUUAGUGUCAUUCUGCUUCCUAUAGUAGGAAACGUGACAGAACAUGCGAGUGCAAUGAUGUUUGCUAUGAAGGACAAACUUGACAUUUCACUAGGAGUUUCAAUUGGAUCAUCUACUCAAAUAUCAAUGUUUGUGAUUCCUUUCUGUGUGGUUGCUGGUUGGAUUGCGGGAAAGCCAAUGGACUUGAAUUUUCAGCUCUUUGAAACUGCUACUCUCUUUGUAGCAAUACUUGUUGUUGUAGUUACACUACAGGAAGGGACUGCAAACUAUUUCAAAGGGCUCAUGCUCAUACUCUGCUAUCUGGUAGUGGCAGCCAGUUUCUUUCUACAUUCCGAUCCUUCAAAUGGUUAUUAUUAAGGAUCUACUAAAGGAGACAACCUGGCAAGAACAACAAUCUCUGCAUUAAAAUAAUGAAUAGAAUGUGUUUUUCUUGUAGAAUUGUAGGCAUGCACUCAAUAUCUAUGCAGUUUCUGUAUUCCUAGAUUAUCUUUUGUUUCAAACUUCAAAAGUUCAGGAUUUUGUGUUUUGGAGUCUGAUCCAUUUCCUGAGAGCAGAAAGCAACAAGACUAGAGCUUGUACUAAAAUGGUCCUCCUCACUACCAAUUCAAGUUGUUGCAUCAUUUUUUUUUUCUUUA